CUUUAUAAGGCACUUUGCAGCUAAGCGUCGCAAAACACAGCCCCAGAACUGACCCCAGAACUGACUGCACUCAAGCAGGAUGGGCAUCCUCCAACGCUUUUCCCUCGAUAAUGCGCUGCCGCUAUUGUCCGUAGCUUCUAAAACAUUGCGGGGAUACUGCACCGUGGCGAACUCAGAGGCGGAGAAGGCCAUUGCAGCGAAACUUAAGGCAGGGCUGACGGGCGUGACGCGCGUGGAGGUGCAGGACACCAGCGGCGGGUGCGGCGCCAUGUACCGAAUCGCCAUCCAGGCGGCCGACUUCAAGGGCCAGUCCAUUGUGAAGCAGCACCAGCUGGUGCACAAGCUGCUGGCGGACGACCUCAAGCAGUGGCACGGCCUCACACUGGAGACCAAGGCCGCGCACUAGGGAGGCAGGGCGGACCCAGUAGAGGAGGCAGGGAUCGUAAAUGUAGCCAAACCGAAUAUGGGCAGGGUUGUACCGACGAAGGUGCCAUUAGAGGAGCCGGUGGGGCAGCUGAUGGAGGUGCCGAUGGUGGUGACGCGCUGGCAGCGGAGUUGUAGAGCAGAGGUACUGCGUGCAACACCAGCAGCAGUAGCAGGUGCUCUGACUGGGUGCACAGUGUGCACAAUUUGGGAGAGCGGGACUCCGCGGACAUGGGGCCGCGACGGGCAUAAGUCAAUGAUCUUCAAGCGCGUGUUGUGCAGAACAUGGUGAGUCUAGGGAAAUGGAAGCAGGAGGCUUUCAAACUGUAACUGCUUUCACGUAGGCAGAUGUGAAGCAACAAGUGCACUCGGUACUAUGGGGCAGUGAGGUGGAUGAGCACGCGCAGUGUUCACAUGUUGAAGUCGGUCACGUUGGAGCUAGAGAACGGCAAGCCGUACCUUAGGCACACGAGGACAGUGGUGGAUGGCUCAAGUGGAUCAUCGUAGGCUUCUCAUGGACGACUGACACCACUGUCCACUGCUACGUUUCCCUUGGAAUGCUAGAGCGCGUGCUUGCGUUUACCACGCCCUAUGUGCUCAAGUCAUCUCUCACAAAACGCUCAUGAUGUUUUGCC